GGUGGCGCCACUCGCAAAUCCGACUGAGAUAGCAUUUCUGUUUACUAAUCGAUCAUCAUUGUGGGAGAGUUUGUAGCUAAUACUUUCAUAUUUUAGACUGGCGGUUGGGUUAUGGGAUUGGAAUAAUAGUGAAGGAAUGAGAAAAUGUGGGUGCUGUCAAUAUGAUUUGACAAUGCGUGUCGUUCGUGGUUUGACUGAAUAUCUGGUGUGGUGAUUGAGAUGACGGUGAAUAUGCACUGACGAAAACUAAGCAACAUUGUUGACGGUGGACGGUAUAUAAUGAGAUAACGAAACGCAGAAUGAGAUACAGCGGAGUCCUCAGCUAUGCGGUGCUCACGCUAAAUCUGCAUUUUACUGGUCAAGCUAGGGGAAGCGGUUCUUGCAAGGACGUACAGGGCCGAUUCUUUGAGUCGGGAUUCCACUACAGCCCUGGCCCGGAUGCGUGCACUCUCUGCGUCUGCGACAAUGGGAAUCCAAAAUGGUGCAAGGCGGUUCUCUGCUCCCAGCCACAGGACUGCAAAUCUUUUCGUGUUGGCACCACUUGCUGCGAGUUUAUCUGCAUGGACGACACUCUCCCAGUCGGUGGUGGAGAUGGAAACAGUGGAAUCGGAGGCGGCUUGGGAGAUGGCAACACGUCAAGCGACAUGGGACUUCGUCUCGUCGCCAGCUGCAUCACUGCCAUAUUGUCACUUUCUCUCAUAUUCUUUUUGAUCCAUCGACUUCGCCAGAGAAAAAUUAGAGUUUGUGUGGCAGGGAGGCAAAACCGGCAACUAACCGACGAGCAGAGAAGUCUUGGUAGUAUGGGAUACCUAGAAAGAGGUGGAUUGUCGCACGGUGGACCAGCAGAUGACAUGUCAUGCGGAGGUGGUUAUCCGUUGUGGAAACCACCAGGUAAUUAUUUUCCACGCGGAGAAGCUCCACCACCAUAUGAAGAAGCAGUAGCAGCUGCGAGAGCAGAGCAAGCUUUGCUAUCUGCAAGUCCACACGCGUUAUCACCAUUGAAUUUCUCUGGCGCGUAUUUGUCGGUGAAUCACGGCACUCAUCCUUCAUCAGUCGCGACUGUAGCAAAUAGCCAAAUUGGCCUCUCAGUCACAACGCCAAAUCUCUCAGACAGACAUGGAGCAUCUACGUCUCCGAUGAUACUGUCGAUGAAUAGGCCUUUGAGCAGCCCUAACACUCACUCAAAUACCCAUCAAGUAAAUCAGGGCGAAUCCAUGACAGUUGGGGCCUAUGCGAGUAGCUCUGUAACCACAUUUAACAUAGGACCUAACACUUACGAAAAUCUCCCACCACCGCCAAGCAUCAUCACGAACCAAACUAACGAUUUAUCUCAGAGUAAUAUUUUACCUCUACCACCUUCCCACUCCACUAUUCCAAAAGCCUAUCACCAGCACACGACUCUACCUCGCCAGGGCGCUGGCGCCUUUACCAUAUCUGCAACAUUGCCCACCUCGGGCACAUCCAGCCAUCGCACUAUUCCCAGAACCCUGGCUACCAGUGGCAGUCUCAGAUUGAGAAGAGAGUUUACUGCUCAUCAGCCCGUUGCUCCCCUUUUCGAUACCCCACCACGGAAUGUAUCCCCUCAGAAUACUCCACAAUCUGCUCCACCGACUGCAUCAACCAAUGACAAUUCUAUUCAUUCGGAUGCAUUUUAUGAUGAUGUACUUGUUGGAUUACCAACUGCUGCGCCGCAGGUUGAGGGGGAGCCGCCUACCCAACCAAGUCCCAAUCUAACAAAUUGUGACUUUAAGCCUAAAAUUCCUUCAACUACUGAAGUGAACCAAGAUGGAAGCAUCGAAUCUGUGGCAUGUGCUUGCAGCAUGCAAGCUCUGCCGACAUUGCACGACGACGCGGAUGACUAUCGCAGUGAAUGUGAGAAUUGCAAGAGUGCAAACGGUUCCCGAUAUUAUCUGGACAACCAGGAUGAAUUAGUUACUUCUCCACACGAGACAAUGACAUUGCAUCGUAGACCAGAGGAAACACCGCUAGGCACCGCACCCCAGUAUUAUCGUACUUCCUUGACACUGCCCACUAGUACCCGUCAGCGUACGAGGAGCACCGGAGCUCGUGAAAAUUGGUUCAGCUCAAUGCCUGAAAGCUCCACAGAGUCUUCAGAUGAAGAUUAAAAUUUGAAUUUAAAAACAAACAACAAAAAAUCAACUAACAAAAACAAAAAAAAACUCAUAGUUGUGCAUCAUAUUAGGUAUUUAGAAAAAAAAAAAAAACUACGUACAAGAAGCAGCUUGAAUACGCGAGUGCCAAAA